AUGGCUUUCUUUGACGGAAUCCACAUCAAGCUCCUCAACAUCUUCGUCUUCAUUGUCACCCUCGGUGCCAAUGUCUACGCGGUGGCGGGGCCCAAGGACACAUACGGUUCUCCCAAUGAGACCUAUGUGACUCCCUCGGCAUACGCCUUUUGGAUCUGGACGCUGAUCCAUUUCCUGCUCUUGCUCAUGAUGUUCUUCCAGUUCACGACGCCCGGCAAGGCCAUCAUCAUCGACGCCAUUGCUUACCGCUUUGCUAUCCUCGGCUGCCUCAACUCCAUCUACAUCUUCCUUUGGGCUCGCGGCUGGUACAUCUCGGCGUUCGUGUUCUCGCUCCUCGUCGCCGCUAGCGUGAGCCAGAUCUACUACAUCAUCAACAACGAACACACCUCGUAUGAUGGCCUUGGCACGGAGCUCUUUGUUCACCUCCCCUUCUCGCUUUACCACGGCUGGACUAUCGUUCUCAUUGUCAUCUCCCUCUUCCAGGCCUUUGGCGUCAACGCCGACAUUGAGAAGGCCGGUAUCUGGACCAAGAUCUUUGUGUUCCUCGCGUUUGUGUUCCUCGAGUCCACGGCUGCCGGAUAUGCCUUUGCCACCUCUCAGGGUGACCCCGCUGGUGCCGCCGUCAUCGCCUGGGCCCUCUUCUCGAUCUUCAUCCACCAGGAAGUUCCCUUCAUCCGCUGGUCCGCGUUCGUCUUCUUUAUCCUGUCGCUCUUCGCCGUCAUCAAGGCCCUCUACUCGUCCUACCGUGGCGGUGGCGGUAUCCUCCACGAUGAGGAGCGUGCCCCCCUCAUCCCGGGCACCGAGUAA